GAACUUCACAGCAUCAUUUGUAUUUGCAAGUCAGACCAUAUGUGCAUACUACGUUUCAUUGAGGGGGUGAUAGCUGUUAUUCGGCCAGUGGUGUGGUAUAGGCAACUGCCUCUUGGAAAAAAUCAUUAACUUUUCUUCAAGUUGACGAAUCCUGAUAGUAUCAAUGGAAAACAAUAUGCUAUGCUUACGUUAGUAGCUGUACCAAAUGUGAUAUAGCUACAUCUAGGAUAGCCUAAUCGAAAACAUGAUAUUUCACCUGACGAAGUUGACAGUGUAUGCUGUAACCCUGGCCCAUCCUCUCCGACACACAACAAACCUCAGUGAUUUUAUUAUUUUUUCCGCCAGCCAUAAUUGUUCACAACUUCCGCGUUUAAGUACGCAGUAUGGAAUCAAACAUUAUAAUCAACACUGACGUGGUACAGAUGUCGGCUAGUGCUAUUGUAAUUGCAGUUUCGUGCCAUGGAAUUUUUGAUCUGAAUUCGGACACACCCACCGAGUCGGAUACGUUACCGAAGGGUGUCGCUUUCUCUUUUAUUAAGGCUAUUCAGGCCAUCAAUGAAAAACUGGCGGCCAAGAAUUCCCAUGAUCCUUUAUUUGAUUUGAUUUUGGUGGCCAAUGAUUUACAAGGGAAUCAGUCUAAGGUAGUCAGUAGCACAAAGCAUUACGGUCUUCAGAUAAGUAGAUUUUGCUUCUGCACCAGUGAAGAUUUCACACAAAGCCUUCAGGCCACUAAUGUAAACCUUUACCUGUCCAUGGAAACCAGUGAUGUCGGCAAGGCCUUGCAAGAAGGAGUCCCAGCCGCGCUGCUGUGCCCCCAGACCCGGCCCCAGUUGGAGGGGGAUGAGGAGCAGGUGGCGAGCCCACUUACAGUCCUCCUGUCUGGGGACGUGAUGGGUCUGCCUGAGGAGAAACUGCUCGAGGCAGGCUUCAGCCAGCCCCAGCUUCAGAUCUUCAGAGCUGCUAAGGCCUCCAUGGCAGAUUUUGCUGCAGUGAUUGGGGAGAUGAGGAGACAUUUUGGCAGGGAAGACAGCCCUCUUCGCGUGACGCUGAUGAGUGUUCUGGGCUCCAGGGAUGAAUGGGCCAGCGCCCUGCUGACAGCACGGGGCUGGGGUCUGGAGGUGGAUGAGGCCUACUGUUUGGCUGGUGCCUCCCGUGAGCCAGUCCUGAAGUGCAUUCAACCUCACAUCCUGUGCUAUGAUGGACUGUACAAUGUGACAGAGGUACCAGCAUUGUCCUGAAGAUGGAAAAUGACUUGCUGGGAGGCUGUGAAUCUUUUGUUAUUCAUUGAGUAGAGAUUGUGCAAGCAAUUUAUUUCAAACUAUUAAAAUGGUGCCAAAUUAAA